AUGGCUAUCCCUCCAGUACUGCUACUAUUCCUCCUCUUCGAUCCCGUCACAACCCACGGGUUUAGACAUUGCGGCAGUGCCGCGGCUACCAACCCUACACCUCCGGCCGUCCCUCCUCCCCCGGCCACGCCCUGGCGCCACCACGUGUUCCUCAACUUCCGGGGGCCCGACGUCCGCCACACCUUCGCCGACCACCUCUACUACGCCCUCGUCCGCAAAGGCAUCAAGGCCUUCAGCGACGACCGAGACCUCCCUCCCGGCCAGAGCGUAGCCGAGGCCAUCCCACGCGCCAUCGAGGAGUCCAAGCUCUCCGUCGUCGUGCUGUCCAGAGGCUACGCCUCGUCGGAGUACUGCUUGGACGAGCUGGUCAAGAUCAUGCAGACCGUCAAGGAGAAGGGGCACCAGGCUUUCCCGGUGUUCUACAGAUUGACACCCGACGACGUCGUCGAUCAUAUGUGGUCGGGGUGUUACAAGGACGACUUUGACCGUCACAAAAGGGUAUUUAGCUACGAGAGGGUGGACAGCUGGAGCCGCGCGCUCACUGACAUUGCCGAUAUUGCCGGAUGGGUUCUCCCCAGUGACAGAUCGGAAGCAGUAAUGGUGGAGAGAAUCGCGGAGAACAUGGCGUCGAAGGUGCACGAGUUGGGCCCGGCGUCCUCGUACGUCACGAGCGACGGUACGGUUGGGUUUUGUGGGACCGAUAAUGUUGGAGGGAAAUUACAGCCUGACGAUACGACGACAUCCGGAGGAGAACCUACGCGCCCGCCGCCGCCGGCCAGUGAGAAUAUCGAGCGUGGUGCCUCCGACUCUGCAUUCCGGCGGCCGGACCUACCCCCACACUUUGCCGGCGACGACACUACUACUUCACCUUUGUCUUCCGUAAGUAAAUCAACAAUGCUACCAUCUAUAUCAUCAAGUGCAUAG